ACGCGCACGGGGCGCACUCCGGACGGGGGAGAGAAUCCAAAGAGCAGCCCAGCGGCAUCAUACCCCUCCCUCCCACCCACCGGCGCCGCGCUGCAGACGCAAACGGCCAAAGGCGAGCGGCGUGGGGCGGAGCGCGGGGCGAUGGGGAAGUACAUGCGCAAGUGCAGGGCGGAGGACGGCGCGGUGGGCGGCGUGGAGGUCACGCAGGCCGUCGGCGUCCGCACCCGGUCCCGCGCGGCCGCGGCCAACGUCGUCGUCUCCAAGAGGAGGCGCCCGCUGCCGCCCGGCUCGCCGUCGGCCUCGUCGUCCCUCGCUCGCGCCCAGGGCGGGAGCUGCUACCUGAAGCUGCGGAGCCGCAUGCUGUUCAUGGCCCCGCCGGCGCCCGCAUCGGGGGCUGCCGCCGGGCACGGGCCGGCGCCGCCGCUCCCGGCCGGCCUGUCGCGCUGCUCCAGCACGGCGUCGUCCGUGGACGCGUCGGCCGCGGCGCAGGACAGGAGCCUGCUCUCGUGCGGCUCCGACGCCGCUGCCAACAACAAGGCAGGCGCCCCGGAGGGCUCGGCGAGCAACAACGCGGAGAGCGGCGGCAACCGCGAGAGGCGAGAGACGACGCCGUCCAGCCAUUUCCCCGGCGACCUGAGCGACCUGGAGUCGGAUCUGGCGGGGCAGAACAGCGGCCGGUCGUCGCUGCCGCAAACGCCGACCGCCCAGGCCCAGCCCGCCGCGAGGUCGAGGGUCCCGCCGGCGGCCGAGAUCGAGGAGUUCUUCGCGGCCGCCGAGGAGGCCGAGGCCAGGCGGUUCGCUUGCAAGUACAACUUCGACGUGGCCCGCGGCGUGCCGCUCGACUCCGGCCGGUACGAGUGGACCCCGGCGGUGAGCAGCAGCUAGGCAGGCGACGAAAGCGGGCGUGCAAAGGGGGGAGAGAAGCCGUAGCUAGAAAGUUACUCACUGUAGAGCUGGGGCGCCGGCCGGCCGGCCGGCCGUGUAGAAAGGCCAAGGGAAAAAGAUGCUCCGGAAAGAAGAAAAGAAGCAUUAUAGCCUAACCAACCAACCAACCACCGAUUCAUCAACAACAACUUUUUCUUUCACUCACUCGCUCGCUCACAUAUUCCCACCAUUAUCACCUCACCUCCUUAAUCCUGAUUUUUCCCAGCAGCAGUAGCAGUUUUACUUCCCCUACUGGUACUUAUCUUCUUGGUUGACAGGACGGAUCCCUCGAUCGAUCAGUCCCUUACUGUAAUUGCCACCUAGUAGUAGUUGUAGUUGAUUACCUUACCUGUAUUUGCCUGGAUUUUUUACUGUACAUCGUCGUCAGCAGCAUGUAGCAGCUUCUUGCUGCUGCGCCGCAGAUCUAUAAUUUGAUUUGAGUGA